AGAGCUAAUAGAGAGAGGGCAGAGAUAGUAGCUCGCUAUGACAAGGGUAGGGAAGAAGGGGCUCAGAUUGACCCCUGGGAGGAUCCUGCUUUUGAGGUGUACCAUGUCACAGACAGAUAUGGAUUCAUCCAUGACACACCAUUGCCAACCAUUACUGAUGCAAUUGAAGCCAAGGUAAAAAUUUACUUUCUACAUUUUUGUAUGGAAAUUACAAAUAAAAUGGAAAGAACACAGAAAUGGGUGAAAAUGUUAAAGAAUUGGGAUAAAUAUUAUCCUGGUGAAAAGUUUACAAGGAGAGUAUAUAAAGGUAUUCCAGAUAGAUUAAGAGGUGAAGUAUGGGUACGUUUACUCAAUAUCAAUAAAGUUAAAGCUGAACAACAAGGUAUAUAUCAGAGAAUGAGAAAUAGGGCUCGAAAUCGUUCCACAGCUAUAAGACAGAUAGAUUUAGAUGUAAAUAGAACAUAUCGUAAUCAUAUUAUGUUUCGUGAGAGAUAUGGUGUAAAACAGCAAGCCUUGUUUCAUGUAUUAGCAGCGUAUUCUGUAUAUAAUACUGAAGUAGGAUAUUGUCAGGGUAUGAGUGAAAUAGCAGCUGUAUUACUCAUGUAUCUUAAUGAAGAGGAUGCAUUCUGGAGUUUAUCUCAGUUAUUUGUUAGUGAUAAACACACAGUGCACGGAUUCUUCAUUCCUGGUUUCCCUAAACUCUUACGUUUCCAAGAACAUCAUGAUGCAAUCUUAAAAAAGUUUCUACCAAAAUGCAGGCGCCAUUUGGAGAAAAAUGAUAUAUAUGCUUCACUGUAUACUAUUAAAUGGUUUUUACAAUGUUUUUUAGAUAGGAUACCAUUUCAUUUAACGUUGAGAUUAUGGGAUAUAUAUAUGUUAGAAGGUGAUAGAUUACUAGUGGCCAUGUCAUAUUGUAUCAUUAAAAUUCAUAAACGUAAAAUUAAUCGUAUGCAAAUGGAUGAUUUAUUAGAGUUUUUUCAAAGUAAAUUAGAAAAAGAUUUUGUCUAUGAAGAUGAUGUAGUUAUUGAACAGUUGCAGAUUUGCAUGGAAGAGUUAAGGAAAGCAAGAAUGGAUAUACCACCAAAAUCUAAAAUUAAUGAAAGACCAACAUUACCUUUUGGU